AUGCGGGGCAUUCUGAAUCCCCUGCAGGGCCGGCCGUCCGCCAUCCUUCUCUUUGAUGCUCCCUUCUCGCCAGCCUUGAACACCGACCCGGACUGUCCCAUCGUCUCGCGAUUCGAUUUGUCCCCCCCUCGUGCAUCUCAUUAUUGCUUCCCCGCUCGGUUGCUCGCCCUCCCUAGCCUACGCCGCUUUCCGGCCGGUCGCGCCUUCCUUCUUCUGGCGCCCCCUCUCUUCGCACUUUCGCAGCCUGCUGAGCGCCCCGGUCCCGUGACCGCGCCCUCCAUUUCCGUCGUUUCGCAACUUUUGUCGCCAGGCUUGUCGCUCACUCACACCGCAAGCGCUAUUUUCGGAAUCCCCGACCUCAACCACCUCCUCUUGUUCGCAUCACGUCACCAUAGCUACCCAACCUUGUCGGUAUAUGGGUUGGUCGAUCUACACGACAUGAAUGCGUGGCUAACUGAUGCCUCGAACAUCCCCAACCAUGACAACGGGGCCUUUAACGCGACCAUCGAUCCAUCGAUGGCUUUCUUGAACCCAUCGCAGACACAGCAGGACCCCAGUCAAUUCCAGCGCAUGUUCCAAAAUGGCGUCCCGCGCAAUGUGUCGCCCGGCUUUCACAACCUGAACCAAGUGAUCCCGUCGAAACGACCGAGACCGGAAGAUGGCAUGUCAAUGUCCCCAAGACAAGCGCCAGGCGGUCUGCCGGUCUCGCGUUCCCAAACGCCUCAGGUCCCCUUUGCUGGCUACCAAGGCGCCGCCAAUGGCAACCCUCAGUUUGCAGCCUACCAACAACAUCUUCAACAACAAAGAGCAGCCGCCGUGAAUACGACACAAUCGCCAUUACAGGAUUUUGACCAGCAUGGCGUCCAGCGCGUGCAGACUGCUUCUCCUAGCCCGUUCUCUCCCGCAGGCGCUCAGGUUGGAAACCAGAUCUCGCCGCCCCAGUCAGACCAGGGAAGCCGUGUAAACACUCCACAGAACAAUACAUUCAUGUCCAACCAAGGCUAUCCUCAAGGCAUGGCCCCUCAGUUCUCGCCAGCUAUGACUUCCAACGCAUCAUCCGCUUCAAUGCAGGCUCACUUGGGCAACAUGCCACAAGGGUAUUCAGCGCAAGCCAUGGCUGCUCAGAACCAGCGUCUCUAUCAAAUGCAACUACAAAACCAAGCCCGUCAAAUGCAAGCUGGUAAUCCCGCAAUGGCAGGCCGUCCUACCGGUGCCAUGAACCCAAUGGCCAAUCCUCAAAUGGCUGCUUUGCGGCAAAUGCAACAGAACAUGAACCAAUCAAAUAUGCCCAAGCCGAGUAGUCCUGAUGUAUUCCUGAAGACUCUUCAGAAGUUCAUGCUAGCUCGCAAUCAGCCGUUGGAUCUGACGCCCCAUGUCAGUGGUCGCCCAGUGCACUUGAUGCAAUUGUAUGCCUCUGUUAUGAAAAUGGGCGGAUUUAAAAAGAUUACUGCCAGCAACAUGUGGCCUGCUAUUGCGCAAUCCUUGCAAUUUGCGCCCCAGCAGUACCCCAACGCUGCUUUAGAGAUUCGGGAUAUCUAUGCGAAGAACCUCGCGGGCUACGAGCAGGCUAUAAUAAAUUCGCACCAGCAGAAGCAAAUGGACAAUAUGCAACAGAACGCGCUUCAGCAGAGACAGUCUGGAGAUGCGAAUAUGGCGCAAUUUCAGCAAUCGCCUAUCAAACCCGGGCCUGAAUUCGACCCCCAGAAUCCCCAGCAUUUCGCAUCUUCCCCACAAGUUGGCGCUUCAAUACCGAACAACAUGCAUCCUGGUGCAACCAAUGGUCUUCAAACGCCACAGCAGCCUCGACAAGCUAAACAACCUCGUCCACCUCAGCAACCCCAACUUCCACAUGCACAGAACCACCAGCGAACGAGUAUUCCUCGGCAGCCCCAACCUGCUGAUCCAUCUCUACCACCGCAGGUUGCCCAACCGGGAACACCUGUGAAACCAUCAGUCACUCCGACAACAAAAUCUGCCACCGGACCGGAACAACCAGCUCCUCAACCCCUGAAAAAGCAUAUUGAAGAUCCGUUCAAGGCCACCGUCUUGACCGAUAUUCCCAGGCAUGGUCCUGUUGUUUUGGACGAAAUCUAUCAAAUUGGAGAAGAUAUCUUGAGGUUAAAACCUAAUGUCCCUGCUUUUGGAGAGUUGGGUGUCAUUGACAUAUUCGCGUUGACGAUGAGUAUAAAAUCGGGAAUCAACGCUGAGAUACGCGUGGCUUUGGAUACUUUGACGACUAUUUCUUCGGAGCCCGCAAUCCCGAUUCCUUUGGAAACCUGUGAUGACCUCGUCGAAACAUUGGUUGAUUGUGCUGAAGAGCAACUCGAUUUCCUUGUUGAAAAUGCCGCCGAGGUCUCUGAUGACAUAUGCUUGCCUGCCUACGAAGAAGUCAUUCGCGGGUGUCGGGUUGAGAUGACAUCUCUUCUUGAUGUUCCAGAAUUUGGGAGUCUUGCUUAUGAACUCGAUCGUGCAGCUGACAGAAUACUUUGCAUCACUGCCAUCAUAAGGAAUUUCUCUUUUGUUGAAUCUAAUUUUGGCAUCUUAGGGAGUGCUCCGGUCGUGAAGAUGUUGUCCAGCAUCGUUCGUUAUCUUGGCACCCGGAAUAUGAUACUACGGACUCAUCAGAAUACCUUGGACUUUAUGAAAGAUGCUGUUACGUAUCUCAGUAAUGUGGCACAUGCAGUUCAUCUUCCUGGGAAAGAAGAAGCGCUCUAUAUGCUUCAUUUUCUGCUAUCGUUUGCGCCAUUGCCAGCUCCCAUUCUCACGCCAGAAGGGGUGGUGACGUUCACUCCGUACAACCCGACUGUUCAUAAAUACACACCGGCAGCCAUCGAUAGUCUUGCCAAGAUUCUCGCCAGGGAUGAGCCCAACCGAAUGUACUACAAAGCCAUUGUCAGCGGCGACGGCUCCCCUAGUCAGGCCGAACUGCUUACUCGUGCUUUUGCUUUGGCCAUCUGCCCUAUCCCAGACCAACCUCGAAAGCCGCUCGCUUUGGCAGAUGCGCGCAAGGUAUUCCUCAUGCAGGGCCUGUUGGCAGCCGAGAUUCUCACAGACCUUGCUGAUGGAGCAACCUCACGAUCGUGGCUACAGUCAGCGGACGGGUUCGCAGUUCAUCUUUUGAGGCUAUGUUGUUUGCUUAGCACGGAGCGUAUGCCACCUUCCACCCAUCGCCACCCAUCACAACGCGGCCAGGUGGAUAUAGAAACACAUGCCUAUGCAUCGAUAAUUAAUAGAGGACUGUGCAUUCUUCAAAAGUUGGCCGAGAAAGCGAAACAAGAAGAUACUGCAUCAGGCCGUCGCUUCCCCGUGAAUAUUUUACCAAAAAGAGAAAGUCUUCUGGGAGCCUUGUUGACGCCGACGCUAGAUGCAGGUGUUGUGAGGCAGUUAAUCGCAUACGCUGGUCUUGGGGAUUAA